AUGCUGACCUGUAAUCCAAAUCUCCUUAUAAGAGAUGAGGAAAGUGGCUACAACGAAAAUCUGUUUUGCAUCCCUAAGCAUUAUGAAGAAGAUUUAGAAAGAGUCUUCAUUCCUCAUGGACUCAUCCUGGACAGGACAGAACGUUUGGCUAGAGAUAUCAUGCAAGACAUGGGAAGUCAUCACAUUGUUGCACUCUGUGUCCUUAAAGGAGGCUAUAAAUUCUUUGCUGAUUUGCUGGACCAUAUAAAAGCACUAAAUCAAAAUGGUGAUAAAUCUGUGCCUGUUACCGUGGAUUUUGUCAGAAUAAAAAGAUACUGUAAUAAUUCACCUGCAGAAAAUAUUAGUUUUGUUGGAGAGGAACUGUCUACACUAAAUGGGAAGAAUGUGUUAGUAGUAGAGGACAUUGUUGAGACUGGUAGAACAAUGAAAGCACUGCUUUCAAAAAUAAAAGACAAGAAACCAAGGAUGGUAAAAGUUGUAAGCCUGCUCGUUAAAAGGACACGUCAGAGUCCAGGUUACAGACCAGACUACACAGGCUUUGAAAUUCCAGAUAAAUUUGUGGUUGGAUAUGCUCUGGACUAUAAUGAAUACUUCAGAGAUCUAAAUCACAUCUGUAUUCUGAAAGAGAAUGCCAAAGAGAAAUACCGGAUGAGAUAA